CAUACCAGUCUGCACGGCCUGUGGCCCCCAGAGGUCGCUGUGCGCUUUGGCACGCUGGAAACCACCUGGGCGUUAUCUUUGAACCUGCUCAAUCGAUAACCAAACCCAACACAAUCUCCCCACUCAGCUACACACACUCUGAGGUGGUCAUUUCUUUCCAGUCAAGCCUCCGAACUGUUGGACAGACUUUAACUGCAGCAGACAGAAACUUGGAGAAGAGAUUUAAAUAAAUAAAAAAGAUAGAUUAGUGCGGUUUGAGGAGGAAGUUGAGGGUGUGUAAUGGGUUAACGGCGGAAGGCCUCGCCUCACCUUUAGUGCGCGUCACCCGGCUCUGUAAAGUGGUCCCACCAUCCCAGCGUCCAGUAUUCAAAGGAAGGGAAAUCACCGCCUCUCGCCUCCGCCAGACGCACAUCCUCUCCCCGGCAUCAUCCAGUCGGUCUCCGCCCCGCCGCUCCAUCAUCUCACACAUCCACAAGACAUCGGGAACUGAAGGGAAUAAGAGUGAUUUACCGGAACCAUGAAGGACCGCAUGCAAGAACUUAAACAUGGGAAGGAGACGACAGAGGAGGAGGAUGAAGUGGCCGUGGGGAUGGAAAAAGGCUUCAUGGACGAAUUCUUUGAACAGGUGGAGGAGAUCCGGGGUUUUAUCGAGUCGCUGGCAGAGAAAGUCGAGGAGGUGAAGAGGAAGCACAGCGCCAUCCUCGCCUCACCUAACCCUGAUGAGAAAACUAAGGCAGAGCUGGAGGAUCUUAUGGCAGAUAUCAAGAAGUUGGCCAACAAAAUACGCUCCAAAUUAAAGAGUAUCCAGCAAACCAUUGAGCAAGAAGAAGGCCAGAACAGGUCAUCAGCCGACCUGAGGAUACGCAAGACACAGCACUCCACACUGUCCCGUAAGUUUGUCGAGGUGAUGUCAGAAUACAACACCACCCAGUCGGACUACAGGGAGCGCUGCAAGGGACGCAUUCAGAGACAGCUGGAGAUAACUGGGAGAAACACAACAAAUGAAGAGCUGGAGAGCAUGUUGGAGAGUGACAACCCGGCUAUCUUUACCUCGGGGAUCGUUAUGGACAACAUCACUGAGCAAGCUAUGAAUGAGAUCGAGACGCGGCACACUGAGAUCAUCAAGCUGGAAAACAGCAUCAGAGAGCUUCACGACAUGUUCAUGGACAUGGCCAUGAUGGUGGAGAGCCAGGGUGAACUGGUGAACAACAUUGAACGGAGGGUGUUGGAGGCUCAGGAAUAUGUGGAGCAGGCUAAGGAGACCAUCCCAAAAUGCCAAAAGUUCAAAAAGACCGGCAAACGGAAGAAGAUCCUGAUAGGAUGUUGUGUUGCAGUAUGUCUCACCGUCCUCAUUAUUUCCCUCGCAAUUGGACUCAGUUAGGACCAUAAGAAAUCCCAACUGUGCAGACAGGGCAGGAAAUGAUGCCUCCCUCUUAGGGUCACGUGUUCGACUGAUAAUAUGUACUGUAUAGUGGGCUAUGCAUUGUGCAAUCAGUAACUGCUUGUGAAGUAGGAAGCAGACUUGCAUUACUGCUCUGAAGGCAAUGUUUUAACUUUUAAAUGCAUUAUUUCACUUUUUCUAAACUAAACAGUCAAAAACACUGAGGAACCAAUGUGGGCUUUGUGUCUGUGACAUGAUACACAUACCGCUGUCAUGUGCAUGUUCUGCUGCCUGUUGAAGAACUUUGCAUGUUUUUCUACAAACUCAAAUCUGUGUGGUUAUGUUAACUGAUAAUCAAAAUAAACCGUCAGCCUCUCACAUACUCACAGAUGUAUCCGAGGACCCUGAUAAUGUUUUAUGAGUCCAUAAUUCUUAAAAAAAAUAUAAACUUUGCCUGUUUUUAUAGCUUUAAAGGAAUAUUUUGCUAAUUUGGGAAAUACACUUAUUUGCUUGCUGGGAGUGAACGAGGGGAUCGAUAAAAAAAAAAAAAAUAAAAUAAAAUAAAAAAAAAAAUAUAUAUAUAUAUAUAUAUAUAUAUAUAUAUAUAUAGCAAGUUGUGUUUUUUUUGGGAUUAUGUUUCUGGACUAUUUCUUGGUCUGCCACAGUCACUUCUGCUGAUUAAUGUUGAUGACAAUAUUCCAGGAAGUCACUACACAGAUAGACCUCAGGUGGUGCUCAAGCACCUGCUCUUUUGGCCUUUUACUAGAUAAGUGCCCCUUUUGCAAUACAUUUUCCUCUAUUUCUUAUACAAGGAAUUUGCCUUGGUACAUUGGUGAAUAAGAAUCACAAUCAAGUGUAGAAAAAUAUAAAGCUUCUAUAUACAAAUAUAAAGAGUGUGAGAAUAUGUACAAAUGGCCGGAUACAAUAAAUGAGUAAAGAGCUGUACACAAAUGUGCAAAAGAAAAUUGACCAGGAAGUCUGCAAGUUUAAUGGUGUGACAUAUGAUGAUAUUAAUGUAAUCUAACUAUGUUUUCAUUAGGGUAUAAUCACCUGAAAAUAAGAAUCGUAAUGUUUUUGUUACUUUAGAAUGAGACCUAUAUCUACAGAUGGCUUGCCUUUCUUGGAGGCCGCCAUGUUGAACCACCAUGUUUCUAAAGUAGCCCCGAAGGGACAAACCAAACACUGGCACUAGAUAGGGGUGUUUUUCAAGUGUUUCACAGCCACUAUAGCUUGUCCGUUGUGCUUGAAAGGAACUAUCCGUCUCAGCUCUGAUUGGUUGUUUUCAUUCAGACACAGUGGAUUCUUGAAAAUGCUAUUAGGAGUACUGAGGAGCCAGAGUUAAUUGUACAGUAAUUAGUGAGGCCCGGUCCCCAGAAACACUGCACUCUGACAACAUGUAUCGUUUUUCCAACUUAGUUCUUGUCUCAUCUGUGGUCUGAUGAACUGUAAAUUAAUCCAAUUGGGUGCCCCAUAUCGCUGAAUGGUUAAUUAUUUUAUGGCCCACUAAAGCAUGCAGAAUGUGACACUGUUGUCUUUGUUGUUGUUGAUCAGUCUUUAUGAUAAAUGUAAGCCUAAGUAAAAGAUGUAUGUAACUUAUGUGAGGGGUGCCAUUUUUUUCUGCUUGAGCUCCUCACCCAUAAUAUGUCUGAGCAUGUUCCCGGCCAAGAAAAGUAGUCCAGUACAUAAACCCUACAGAUCUUCUUAAAAGAACUAGACACUGGACCCCAAUAGGCCGCCCUCUGAAAAUUAGUGUAUAAACCAAAAAGGUUUUCUAGCUUCCAGGUUUGCAUCUGUGUGGUUUCUUUCUUAUGCUAAGCUAAGCUAACCAGAAAGUGGUAUCGAUCCUUUCAUCUAACUAUCAGCUAAAGGCAAAUAAGUGUUGAGCUGUUCUUUUAAUUAAAGGAGACUGUAGAUUCCUCGGGGUUUAAAUGUUGGACAUGAACUCAUGUAGAGGAAUGAAUAUUCCAAAGACAUGUUUUACAAUUUAAAGUUGCUUUAAAGUCACUGUGUGGCUUUUUGAAGAAAAAGGAAAUAAUCCAGGUGAACAUCAGCGCAGUCAAUAUGCUUUGAAGGUCCAGUGUGUAACUUUUAGGAGGCUCUAUUGGCAGAAAUGGAAUAUAAUAUCUAUAGCUAUGUUUUCAUUAAUGUAUAAUCAAUAUAAGAAACACUGUGUUUUUGUUACCUUAGAGCCUACAGAUGAUGCACGUCACCUUUAAUGGAGUCUGUCUUGUCUCUACAGUAGCCCAGAAUGGACAAACCAAACACUGGCUGUAGCCUGUUCUCAUUCCCAGGUUGUCAGAUAUAGACGCGUGCAGUGUUCAGUUAGUUACAUACUGCAGUUUCACCUUUAGAUACCCUUAAACUGCUACACACUGGUCCUUUAAGGUCUUUCAGGAGAUUGCUGCAUGCAUUGCUGUCCGCCACAUAACCCUCUGCGGUGCUACCACCAGAUGGCGCCGAAAUUGCGGGUUCCCACAUUCUGCACAUGGUGGCUUUAAAUUUGAGAAUGAGUUUGUGGCAUGUGUGAAUGUACUGCAUGUUGUUUAAUGUGGAAUGAACAAAAUGCAGUAACCAGAGAUUGAUUGAUUGAAUGAUUGACUGAUUGAUUGAUUGAUUGAUUGAUUGAUUGGUUGAUUGCUUCUAAAUCGCAGUCUUAAUCCAACAACAUCAUUCUAAACUGCAUUUUGUUCUCAUUAUUGUAAAUACUGUAAUGUUUUAAAGUCAUAUUUUUUAACAUGUUUUCCUCUGUUCCCCAUUUGCUGCCUUGGAUUUAUCUGUUGUUGUUACCAUACAGAAGAAAAUUAUUAUAAUUAUAUGCUGUGUGGUUCUGGGAAUUGUCAUUGCUUCCAGCGUUGGGGGAAUGCUGGCCUAAACCUCAACCACAGUCACACUAAAAGACACACAGCCGCACACACAACAGAGCAAAAACACUACAGAUUCACAUUUUCAGUUUCCUGGUCUCAUGAAUGCAAUCUAUCACAUGUUUAGUGCAAGGUGCGUAACAUACUGUACGACACAUUUUACACGCGGUGUACAGGGCCAGAGGUGUUUUCGCAUGAGUUGCUAUUUUGUAAACGUGUGGUGCUGCAAACUGUUUAUCUGAGUGUUGAGUGUUGUCAACGAUAUGAUGUUUCCAAAAGUGAAUUCUUGAAUGAAAAAGUUACACAAUGACAUGUACCACUAUACUAAUACAUUCCAACUUCCGAAUAUGACACUUAUUCAGUUUUAAUGUCUAUUUUGUGUUGUACAGGCAAAGUGACCACUAAUCUGCAGUGUUUUCAAAAGCCACGUUAUCUAUAAGCAUUUAUUUACACCUUUAUCUUUUAUAGUCUUUUUGUUUUCUCUCUCUGAUGUCCUCUACCUCCCUCGCAUGGUUUAGUUCACUGUAAAGUGGUGUUUGUUUUCUAUUUGCAAAAGGGGAAAAGGAGACACGUUGGAUAUUUUGCUCGUAAAAUCAUCACACUGCCAAACUUUUCAAACGUCAUCUCCUGUAGUUCCUAAAAACAAUGUACUUAACUUCAUCUGGCCUUACCAAUUGUGCAGCAUUUCUGACCUUUGCUCCAGUGUUGGGUGUGAAUGCGUGCAUGCAGAGAAUAUGUGCGUGUUCAUUUGUAGCUACAUGUUUGAACGUGCUGAGUGCCAGUCAUGGGAGAAGAUGCGUGCUUGUUUCUAGCCACCUGUGUCUUUGUUUUGUAUAAAGUGUAAACUGAUAUAAAGCUCUCUAACACUGCCAGUAUGUUCAAAUAAGCUGUUAAAUAGUCUGGUUGGAUUGAUAAAUCUGGAUUGUAAGUGACAAACCCUUGUUGUUUUAUGUCAUUUUAUAAACCCCCUGAGCUUUAAACAGAGUAUAUCCUUCUGUCAAGCUACUUCUGUAUUUAUUUGUAUGAGUGAACUUGAUGAGGCGGUAAAAGCGUCAGCAUGAACUCAAUGAACCCCGUUAAAAACGCUGUCACAUCAGUUUCCUGGCGACACAUCUGACAUGCACAGACUGCAACCAUGUUUACCAUGUUGCCUACUCAACUUGUUGCCUUUGUGUUGUAUUGUGAUGAUAUGGUUUUGUUUGUUUGAUUUGAGUUUGUUUUUUCAAGUAAAGUUUGUCUGAAAAAUCA